GUUUCAGAUUAAACUGAUGAAAACAUUUUGUCCUUACAGAGAUGCACUCUCUGAAGUAUUUCCUCACGGUGUCUUCUGAAGUCCCAAACUUCCCAGAGUUUGUGGCUGUUGGGAUGGUUGAUGAUAUUCAGAUAUGUUGCUACGACAGUAACACCAAGAGAGCAGAACCCAAACAGGACUGGAUGAACAAUGUCACAGAAGACAAUGCUGACUACUGGGAGUGGGAGACUGAGAGAGGUGUGUUUUACCAGCAGCUCUUCAAAGUCAGGCUUGACACUUUCAAGCGGCGCUUCAACCAAACUGGAGGUGUUCACAUUGUCCAGAUGAUGGAAGGCUGUGAGUGGGAUGAUGAGACUGGAGAUGUUAAUGGUUAUGAUCAGCAUGGUUAUGAUGGAGAAG